AAAUCAGCUUCUCCACUUUCCCCACCUCUGACAGAGUAUACAACCAUUAUAGCCUGCGCCGGUUCUAAACUUGACUUCUCGGCGCAAACCUUGCGAAUUAUCUCGGACUUUUGAUCAGGAGGAUAUUCUCCCAGGCGCGCAUCCAAUCCGGUGUCGACAUUAUACUCCGGUUUCAAUUUGUUGCUGCAAAUCAUUGCGCAAUUAUACCCAUCAUACAUCAUGUCUGCACAGACCAAACACUUUUUCUCUGACCCGAACCAUUUGGUUCUCACCGCCCUCCAUUCUCUCACUCUAACAAACCCUUCUCUUGCUUUUGACUCUGAGAACAAGAUCAUUUUCCGCCGCCCUGAUUCGCUCAAGAAAAAGAAGGUCGCUAUCGUUUCCGGCGGAGGUUCAGGCCAUGAGCCGGCCUUCGCAGGCUUUGUUGGCCAGGGUUUCCUCGAUGCUUCAGUUGCUGGCACUAUCUUCGCCUCUCCUUCUGCCGUACAAAUUCGCAAGGCUGCCCUCGACUGUGUUGACAAUGAGCAGGGUGUGCUCAUCAUCCCUAUGAACUACACUGGCGACGUUCUCAACUUCGGUAUGGCUGCUGAGAAGGCACGUGCCGCAGGAAUCAAGACUGAAUUCUUUGCUAUCAAUGAUGACGCUGGCGUCGGUAAGCAGAAGGGUGGAAAGGUCGGCCGUCGCGGUAUCGGUGGCGGCAUUCUCGUUCUGAAGAUUGUCAGUGCCUUGUCCGAGGCAGGUGGAUCUCUCGAAGAAAUCUACCGUAUUGCGCAACAGGCGAACUCACUGCUCGCAACUGUGGGUUCUUCUCUUGAGCACGUUCACAUCCCCGGCAGACCCGCUCCAGAAGAUACAAUCCCCGAGGGCGAAGUUGAAGUGGGAAUGGGUAUUCACAACGAACCCGGAUCACACCGAAUGAAAUCAUUUACUUUGCCUGAACUGGUCAAAACCAUGCUUUUCCAGAUCUUGGACCACAACGAUCCUGACCGUGCUUUUAUCACACACCAGCCGGAAGAUAACUUCGUGCUCCUGAUUAACAACCUGGGCGGUGUGAGUAGCCUGGAGCUUUCCGGUAUCACCGAUGAAGUAUAUCGCCAGCUCGAGGGGGACUACAGCAUCAAACCCAUACGAGUCAUUCAAGGAACUUUCCUAACCAGUCUGAACGGGUUGGGCUUCAGCAUCUCACUGUUCAAGCUUGCUGAUAACGGGUUGGGGCCUGGCAAGUCCUUCCUUGAGCUUCUAGAUGCCCCUGCCGAGGCAGUUGGGUGGUCCGCUCCGAUUCCAACAUCUACAUGGAAUCGUCGGACCGAUGCCCCGGUACAGCUCAACAAGACCAAGCUCGCUGAGGAACAACCUAGCAACGUGAAAUUGGAUGUCUCCACUCUCAAGAAGGUCCUCGGGGCUGGUCUCCGGCGCAUCAUCGAGGUCGAACCGACAGUCACUCGUUAUGAUACGAUUGUCGGAGACGGGGACUGCGGUGUUGGCCUAAAGCGUGGUGCAGAGGCUGUUCUCGCUCUCCUGGAAGAUCCCUCAUCCAACCUCAAUGACGACGUAGUCCACGCUGUGAAUCGCAUUGUGACUAUCGUGGAGAACACUAUGGAUGGUACUUCUGGUGCUAUCUACGCCAUCUUCUUGAACGCUCUUGCGCAUGGUCUCCGGGAACAGGAUAAGGGCACAACAACCCCUGCUACAGCUGAAGUCUGGGCUGAGGCAUUAAAAUACUCUCUUGGAGCGCUCGGAAAAUACACUCCUGCCAAACCGGGUGACCGUACUAUGAUCGACGCUCUUGUUCCCUUCUGUGCAACUCUGCGCGAUACCAAGGAUGUUCAUGCUGCUGCUAAGGCUGCUGAAGAAGGCACUGAAGCGACGAAGAGCAUGAAGGCAAGCUUAGGACGCUCCGUCUACGUCGGUGGUGAAGAAGAGUGGGUGGGCAAAGUCCCUGAUCCUGGUGCUUACGGGCUCAGCGAGUUCUUCACUGGCCUUGUCCAAGCCAUCCCAAAGCAAGCAUGAUUCCUCAACUUUCACAGUACAUAUUGCCUCUGAUGACUCCCUUUAAUUCAUGAAAUUAUGACAACUGCAGGCGUUCUGUUUUAGGCUGCAUUCAUUGCUGAUUUUUACCUAUGAUAUUAAAGUUAUAAUCCUUCUAUAGUGUAUAAAAUAAAUCAAUGGAGGUUAUUAUUAUUAUUGUACUUUUUUUUUA